UUUGUUGUGCAUUUUGCCUUAAGAAAAAGCGAAAUAAAUAAUCUGUUUAUUUCAGUUUUUCUCUGUUUUUAAUCCUGGAACAAUAGUUAGGGUUAUUCAAAAAGCUCUCCCCUGUGAUUGGAAUGCUAUAGGAGAGAAUAACAUAGAAAAAUAGGAACAGCCUUCACUAUUAAAAAGAUAAAUUAUGAGACAUGCCAUAUUAGCAGCAUAUUGAGAUAUUUGACUGUUUUCUAAUACUUGAGGAGAUUACACUAGGCUUAAAUUUUUCUGAUUUGUGGGGAUGUUGAAAAAUGUUCCUUUCUCCUGUAUGUAAUUGGUUUAAAGUCCUUUUUGUUAUAGAGAGGCAUGUUUGAAAGGGCUAGCGAGCCGUUUGUUUGUUGUAGGAGUGUGAAUAAAUUAUGUAGAUCUCCGGGCAUUGUAGCCAAUGAGCUAAGCCAGGACUUUUAGUGGAGGGGAAAAUAGUCAAUAGGCUGGCUGUCUCUCUGGGUUGCUGCAUAAAUGCUAGGAGCAGCAGCUCUAUGGUUAUGAGGCGGGGAGAGCGGGGUGAUGUCAUUGCCUCGGAGCUGCUGCAGGAUGGAGUGGAAAGCUGCUGCUGAUGGCAUUGUUUUUGUAGCAGCAGCUGAAUGACAGAUCCUUACUACAAAGAUAUCCCUUUGGCCCCUGUGUAGGCCUCCUGGUUCCGGUGUUUCACCAUGCCAGCACAGCGCCAUGAGUCCUGGAUGCAUGCUGCUGUUUGUGUUUGGCUUUGUUGGCGGGGCGGUGGUCAUUAAUUCUGCUAUUUUAGUAUCUCUCUCUGUUUUGCUGCUUGUGCACUUUUCUAUUUCUACCGGUGUGCCGGCUCUGACGCAGAAUCUACCAAGGAUACUCAGAAAAGAACGCCCUAUAUCUUUAGGGCUUUUCUCAUUGCCUGCUGGAGAUGGAUUGCUUACACCUGACACUCAGAAAGGAGGUGAGACCCCUGGAUCAGAGCAGUGGAAAUUUCAGGAUUUAAGUCAACCACGUUCUAAUACCAGCCUAAAGGAUGAGCUUUCUGAUGUUAGCCAAGGAGGAUCUAAAGCUACCACUCCAGCAUCAACAGCUGCUUCAGAUGUGGCAACAAUUCCUACUGAUACUCCCUUAAAAGAGGAUAGUGAAGGAUUUGUGAAGGCUACAGACACAUCAGAUAAGUCUGAGAUAAGCAAACAUAUUGAAGUACAAGUAGCCCAAGAAACUAGAAAUGCAUCAACUGGCUCUGCUGAAAAUGAGGAGAAGUCCGAAGUUCAAGCAAUCAUUGAAUCUACUCCUGAGUUGGAUAUGGACAAAGAUCUCAGUGGAUAUAAAGGCUCAAGCACUCCUACCAAAGGCAUAGAGAACAAAGCGUUUGAUCGCAAUACGGAAUCUCUCUUUGAAGAACUAUCUUCAGCUGGCUCAGGCCUAAUUGGAGAUGUGGAUGAAGGAGCAGAUUUACUAGGAAUGGGUCGUGAAGUUGAGAAUCUUAUAUUAGAAAAUACACAGUUGUUGGAAACCAAAAAUGCUUUGAAUGUGGUGAAGAAUGAUUUGAUAGCAAAAGUAGACGAACUGACCUGCGAGAAAGAUGUGCUGCAAGGGGAAUUGGAGGCUGUGAAACAAGCCAAACUGAAGCUAGAGGAAAAGAACAAAGAAUUGGAGGAAGAGCUUAGGAAAGCUCGUGCAGAAGCUGAAGAUGCAAGGCAAAAAGCAAAAGAUGAUGAUGAUAGUGAUAUUCCCACAGCACAGAGGAAGCGGUUUACUAGAGUAGAAAUGGCCCGCGUUCUAAUGGAGAGAAACCAGUAUAAAGAGAGACUGAUGGAGCUUCAGGAAGCUGUUCGAUGGACAGAGAUGAUUCGGGCAUCAAGAGAAAAUCCAGCUAUGCAGGAAAAAAAAAGGUCAAGCAUUUGGCAGUUUUUCAGCAGACUUUUCAGCUCCUCAAGUAACACUACUAAGAAGCCUGAACCGCCUGUUAAUCUGAAGUACAAUGCACCAACCUCUCAUGUUACUCCUUCUGUCAAGAAAAGAAGCAGCACCUUAUCUCAGCUCCCAGGGGAUAAGUCCAAAGCCUUUGAUUUCCUUAGUGAAGAAACUGAAGCUAGUUUAGCCUCGCGCAGAGAACAAAAGCGAGAACAGUACCGUCAGGUAAAGGCACAUGUUCAGAAGGAAGAUGGUAGAGUGCAGGCUUUUGGCUGGAGUCUGCCUCAGAAGUACAAACAGGUAACCAAUGGUCAAGGGGAAAAUAAGAUGAAAAAUUUACCUGUGCCUGUCUAUCUUAGACCCCUGGAUGAAAAAGAUGCAUCAAUGAAGCUGUGGUGUGCUGUUGGCGUCAAUUUAUCUGGUGGGAAGACCAGAGAUGGUGGUUCUGUUGUUGGAGCAAGUGUGUUUUACAAGGAUGUUACUGCUUUGGAUACAGAAGGUGGAAAACAGCGAAGUGCAUCUCAGAGUAGUUUGGAUAAGUUAGAUCAGGAACUUAAGGAACAGCAGAAGGAGUUAAAAAAUCAAGAAGAAUUAUCCAGUCUAGUCUGGAUCUGUACCAGCACUCAUUCAGCUACAAAAGUUAUCAUUAUUGAUGCUGUUCAACCAGGCAACAUUCUCGACAGUUUCACUGUUUGCAACUCACAUGUUCUGUGUAUUGCCAGUGUACCAGGAGCAAGAGAAACAGACUAUCCUGCAGGUGAAGAAAUUUCAGAGUCUAGUCAGGUAGACAAAGCAUCUUUAUGUGGAAGCGUGACAAGCAAUAGCUCAGCAGAAACAGACAGCCUAUUGGGAGGGAUCACAGUGGUUGGUUGUACCACAGAAGGUGUGACAGGAGCUGCCACUUCACCUAGUACCAACGGUGCUUCUCCAGUGACAGAAAAACCACCAGAAACGGAAGCAGAAAAUAGCGAGGUUGAUGAAAAUGUUCCAACAGCAGAAGAAGCAACUGAAGCCACAGAGGGCAAUGCAGGGUCAGCUGAAGACACAGUGGACAUCUCCCAAACUGGAGUAUACACAGAGCAUGUCUUUACAGAUCCUUUGGGAGUUCAAAUCCCAGAAGACCUCUCCCCAGUGUAUCAGUUAAGUAGUGACUCAGAUGCAUAUAAAGAUCAAAUAUCAGUAUUGCCAAAUGAACAAGACCUGGUGAGAGAAGAAGCCCAGAAAAUGAGCAGCCUUUUACCAACCAUGUGGCUUGGGGCUCAGAAUGGCUGUUUGUAUGUCCAUUCAUCUUUAGCCCAGUGGAGGAAAUGUCUGCAUUCCAUUAAACUUAAAGAUUCGAUUCUCAGUAUUGUACAUGUGAAAGGAAUUGUGUUAGUGGCACUAGCUGAUGGUACCCUUGCGAUUUUUCACAGAGGAGUUGAUGGACAGUGGGAUUUGUCAAACUAUCACCUGUUAGACCUUGGACGGCCUCACCAUUCCAUCCGCUGCAUGACUGUAGUACAUGACAAAGUCUGGUGUGGCUAUCGGAACAAAAUCUACGUGGUCCAACCGAAGGCCAUGAAAAUAGAGAAAUCAUUUGAUGCACACCCCAGGAAGGAGAGCCAAGUGCGGCAGCUUGCAUGGGUGGGUGAUGGCGUAUGGGUCUCUAUUCGUUUGGAUUCCACACUCCGUCUCUAUCAUGCACACACUUACCAGCACCUACAGGAUGUGGACAUUGAGCCUUAUGUAAGCAAAAUGUUAGGUACUGGAAAACUGGGCUUCUCUUUUGUGAGGAUCACAGCUCUUAUGGUGUCUUGUAAUCGUUUGUGGGUAGGGACAGGAAAUGGUGUCAUUAUCUCCAUCCCAUUGACAGAAACCGUAAUCCUCCACCAGGGACGUUUACUGGGGCUGAGGGCAAAUAAAACCUCAGGAGCACCAGGUAAUCGUCCUGGAAGUGUAAUCCGUGUAUAUGGUGAUGAAAACAGUGAUAAAGUGACUCCAGGGACAUUUAUACCUUAUUGUUCAAUGGCUCAUGCACAGCUCUGCUUCCAUGGGCACCGGGAUGCUGUGAAAUUCUUUGUGGCAGUCCCAGGUCAAGUCAUCAGCCCACAAAGUGGCAGUAGUGGCACCGAUCUUGCAGCUGACAAAGCAGGGCCAUCUGCACAGGAGCCUGGCAGCCAGACGCCCUUGAAGUCUAUGCUGGUCAUCAGUGGAGGAGAGGGCUACAUUGACUUCCGCAUGGGUGAUGAAGGUGGAGAAUCAGAACUUCUCGGAGAGGAUCUUCCACUUGAACCUUCUCUUGCCAAAGCAGAAAGGAGUCACUUGAUAGUGUGGCAAGUGAUGUAUGGCAGUGAGUGAGGAAACAGAUGAAUGUGGGGAAGCCGUCUCUUCUGCAUGGUUUAUUUUUCUCUUUCCCCCUUUAUUUAAUGCUCUUUUUGUGAAAUAAGUUUCACCACAUAAUGUAUGAGCAUUUUUUCCCAGUUAACUUUAUAUUACAAAAUCUGUCCACCAUAACAAUACAGGAGCUAGCUGUUUUACUGCACCAGUGUUAUAGGCAAUUUCAGUAUGUUAUGAACAAAUCAAAGAAUGUUUACUUGCUGCAACCUGGUGAACUACAGAAAGCAAUCCAGAUGUGGUUUACUCUGCCAUGGUCUAAUGUCAGUCACUUUGUUCGAUGGGGUCACUUUUCAGCUGUCACUAAUAAUGGAAUUAAUGGAAAACACUUAAUAAAUUAAACUGUACCACUAAGUACAAUAGCAGAGUUUUCCCCAAAGUAUUAUAAAACUGACACAAACUAAUAUCAGGUGGAUUAUCAGGAUUUAUCUAAAUGUCUUGAGAGAGCUAAAAGCUAACUGUAAAUGACUUUACCUUUCACUUUCAAAUCUGACAAAUCUUGUUUAUAUCGUAUAUAAACCAUUGUUUUCAUCAGAUUUUGGGGGGGUUUAUAUUAAAGAAAUUAAGACAACACUAUUGAAAUAAAAGCUUCCUGUUUCUGACUUACUAGAGCUCUAAAGUCUAUGAGGCCUGCUUCUCUGAUCCUUUUUUUCUUGAGACUAGACUCAUUUUCAUACUGACAUGUCUAGAAAGUUUAUUAUUUAUAAAACUUAAAAGAUCCUCUUCAGCACUGAGAGGAUUUUUAAAAAGGAAAUUGUGUUUCGUAUUCCUCAUACCAGAGGAUGGACGUGGCUGGCUGAGUUUUUUCUAUGUGAAAAUUCCCCUGUUCACCAGCUGUUCCUGCACUGCUCUUACCUGGUAGUAAGAGUGAGGAAAGAUGUAGAGGUGAUGGAGCCUGGCCUAACCAACUGAAUGAGGGAUAUGACUAGAAAAGGAUUUUUUCUGUUCUGUAUAAAACUGUAGAACAGCCAGUGCUUGGUAUUUUGUAUGUAAAUAACACAUUUAAGCUUUUGUGCCCUUUUGAAAUUAAAAUGUCAUCUUCAAAAGGGAAAACUUUGUAAGGGAUAAAAACAAAGCUAAGAUAUCAUAAAGUAAAGAUUGACAUUACAUCUUUUUAUUCACAAGGCCCAUUUUAAAAAAUAGAUUAGAAUCUAGUUUUAACUGAUUUUCCUGUUUAAUAAGUUUUUAAAAACACAGAGCUGCAAUUUUUUCCCUCUCAAGCUUCUUGAAAAUGCGAUUUACCGUUUCUUAUCCAUUGAUUUAAGCAAAGCUGAAUGUAAAUUCAAGUGCUAUUUUUUUAAACAUAAACCUAUAAAAUAAAGCCCUUCCCCCUAAUCAUCAGAAAGAUUACUUCAAAAAAAGAAAAAAAAAACCACAAAUCUCAGAUUGCUUAAGCAUUCUUAAGUACCAAGGGUUUUUUCUGGACUAUCAUGCAAAGAUAUAUGUAAAAAGUACAUCAGUGACUUUUAUUCAUAUAUGUGCUUAGGCUAGAUUUACAAAAUACAUGAGAUUUAAUGAGCUGGAGGAGGCCUUUGGUUCCAUGUGGCCACAUGUGUCUAAGCACAUUGUGUAUACAAUAAAAUUGUGGCCACUUUAAAUAGCUAGAAGAAAAAACUCUUUUGGUAAAAGCUGCAUUAAAAGGAUAAUUUUUUUGCUACAGCUACUUAGUCAUUUUUCUUUAGGGCACUAAAACUUAGGCCACUUUUCCAUAGCUUGUUUGCUAUGUUUUCAUUUUACUUUAAGUCAGAGGCAUUUUUGGCAGUACCUUAAAAAGCAUUAUUAAACAUUUAUUGGAAAUGUUGUAUAAGUUCACAAGAGAGAGACACCAAAGUGUUUGGGAUUUCUAGUCCCAAGAAAUAAACAUCCUAGAGUCAGACCCACUUGCUGUUGUUUUGCCUUUUACAUGUUUGUAUGACUGAAUGUAAUUUGGGGAAUCAGGAGUUAAAGAUGAAAAAUGCAAACAUGUUACAAUGUUUGUAAUUGCUCUUUUUAAACCUACUGGCUUUAGUUAAAGGUAUAUAGGUGUGUAAUUAUUUUAUCUAAAGAUGUCAGAUUAUUUGUGGCCCCGUUACAUCAUUUCAGGGACCAGAGAGGAUUCAAAUGCCUGUACAGUUUUAACAGCUUGUACUUGUGUUUGUCAUUUCAGUUAAACAUUUUCUUCGUAUUGCUUCACACACACACACCACCUCACCCCAAGAACAGGUUUAUAUUCUUGUAUUGUUCAUCUUGGUCCAGAUGGUAGCCUUUGGGAGAAAACGCCAAAAUGUAAGCUUUUGCAAGCAGCAAAGAGGGUGUAAUCUGCCUGUAGCUACCAUGUCAGGGGCAGAGAAGAGGCUUGAGUACCCAUGGUUGGUAUCUGUGUAAAAAAAUUUUACUCUUAUAGGAAGAAAGAAGGGAUACCCGAGGAUUCUCAUUUUGUUGCACUUGGGUCAUGUAUGAGGCUGAACCAUAUGAAAUUGCUGAUAUUUGACCAUUGGUGAUCUACAAAAAAGGCAAUAUCAUAUGCAUCAACCUAAUACUUACUGUAAAUUCAGGUUAAAAUCCCUGUGAGGCAAAGGGAGAAUGUUCUCUACGAACUCAGUUUUGAGAGUGUUUUCUCUAACUCAUGUGGAUCUAAAUUUUUAAAAUAGGAACGAAUCUUUUAAUAGCUACAGCUUGUUGAGAGUAUAAAACAAUUUUGAGCACAAAAUAUGCAGCACAUAAUUUUUCAGAUUAAGUGCAUUUGCAUAGAAAAGCUGAAAAUAACAGUCUCUUGGCUGUUGUGUUGUUCAUUUCUUGUAAAGGUCUUCCUGUAUUUGAGAAUAGACCCUUCAACAUAGGCUGCCUUCGUAACAAAACAAAACAAAAAAUGUCUCUACUGUUUUAAAGAAUGUGUGUCGUGCAAAUGCUGUGGAACUGAGUAUUUAUUUCCUUGUGAGUAUUAUGAUGGUUACCAAAGGACUCAGCCAGACUUAGCACUCUUCUUCAUUGAUCAUGUUGAGAAAGGGACUCAUUUGGUCCCAGUUUGUAACAUGGGAAAAGUAGGAGGAGAGAGAAUUAAAUGUAGAAAUCAUAAAUGCUUUCUAACAGGGUUAUGCUAUAUUGUAACACUAAGUGUCUUUUUUCUUUCUCUUAAAAAAUUAAGUUUUUAUUAUUAAUUUUGUCAUAAUUUCUUAAUAUUUGAAUAUAUUUUAACCAUUUAUGUUCUAAAUUUGUUUUUUGUCCUAGACAUUUUAUCCAAAAUUUUACUUGCCUCUAUAAUCUGAAAAAUGGGUACUAGCGUCCCACUUGCUGUCUGUUAGAGGCCAAGGCUUCAUUUCUACGAGCAAAAAGCUCACUUAGCAGUGUAGUUAUUUCAGUAUUUAUUUCUAUUAUGGAACCCCUGGGGUUCGGAAUGUAACUUUGUACAUGAAAUAUAUAUAAAUAUGUAUAUGAAACAUGUAUGAGGUUGAGUGUGUUUUGUUUUUGCCUUUCACUCGGGAACCUCAACUUGGUUCUUAUUUGAAAGUCAAGUAAUCUCCCCCAUCAGACACGUCGCUUCUGAGGAUCAGGACUGUCGCCAUUUGGCACUGGCUGAAGGUGAGCAGUGGGGAAUACUCAUGAAGAACAUGUCUGCUUGGCUCACGUGUUCGAAUGAGACAAUUGGGCUUUCUAGAAAUGUGGAAGCUCUGAGUCACAAUCCACACAUGAUACUAAGGUAUAGCGUUUGCCAAAUUACUCAGUAAUAAUAGGCAGGUUGUAAUGUACAUUUUAAUAAUAUGGUGUGCUUAUUUGGGAUCCACUUGUGGGAGAUUCUGAAAGGAAGGAUGAUUAUAAAACUAAUCAUGUGUUAGCACAUUGUGAAUCCAUAUUCAGUGCAGCGGUAUUUAAUCUAGUGUAUAUUGUCUAUGUCUACGAGAAUCACGGAGGUCUAACGUGAUGGUAAAAGCAGCCCUGAAUGGCACGUUAGUAGAACCGUUCACUAGAUGAAGGCACAGCCAUCUGUCCAGUGAGGUAGAUACUCUAGAAUAUGAUGAAUAGCCUGGCUUAUUCCUAGACUUUACAGGAUCUUACUCUAACUGCCCUUUGUCCUCUGGGGCCUGCCAAGUCAUUGUUUUGGAAACUGAUUAAUUCUUUUGAGCCUCAUUCAGACAUCUUCCUGAUCUGGCCUGUCUAGUGAGAGGCAAGAGUGGCCAUGAAGGACAGGAACAUCAGUUUUAAUUUUGUUGGGGGAACAGGGCAGGAGUGCUCCUCAUAACUGAACUGUAGCCUGCAAUCCCCCCUCCCCAGCAGUAGAACUGUCUUCCAAACCUUAGUGGAGCAAUAUUGCUUAAGCCUGCAAGCUCUUCCUUAAUCAACCCCAGACCCUCAUGUUCAGUGUGGGUGUGAAAACCCUGGCUAUCACAAAAAGCCAUGGAUUUAAUUUUCAGCAGCUGCCAAUUUGUUAGGAAAGCGCUAUCAAGGUUUUAUAGUUAGGGGGGGCUUCUCAGAAUGCCUUAAAUAUUAGAUAAUUAAUACAAUUUAGUUUUAAAUUCAUUUUCUUUAGUGGUAUAGUGGGAAAGACGGCUGCAGACCUAGGUUCUGCCCCUACAGUGACCCCGAGCAAAUCACUUUAACACAGCAUACCCCAGAAUCACCUACAAAGGCAUAAAACUCCACCCCAGACCUAUUGAAUUGGACUGUCUUUGCGGGGUCUGACCCAGCCAUCUGUACAGUGUCGUAGGUAAGUAAUAUGUAGCUUAGAUUGAGGGAUAGUGCUUUAAUAUCUGGGACCUUAGUUCUCUCAUUUAUUAAAGGAGAAUGGUUUAGCCGGCUGAACUAAAAAAAUCCUAGCUCUAAAUAUCCCUGGCCUAUGACCCUAGUUCUGAUAUGCCUUGGUUUGUUGGCUCUACAGAGUAGAACCAUACCUGAUUGCAGUCCCAGGGUUGCCCAAUCCGCAUGAAGCCAUGGGGUAGUUUACUUUUUAAACAUCCAAGUAUCUGGUGGGUAGGAUUUGAUUUCUUAGAAUUUCCAACUUAUCAGAAUAGCACUUUAUGAAAGACGCCAGAUAGUUCAGCUCCUUCCUGUUAGCCCCGAACAAGCAGAGCAUCGACUCCCAGCCACAGACAAAGGGUGUGAUGAUUCGAUUUGAGGCCUCAAGGAGAAGGGGACAGACAAGCCCCAGCUCGGUGAUAGCUCUUCUCCCAGGGACAGGAAACUUGCUUAAAAGCUGCAGUUCUCAACCAGGCCAGGAGAGGGGAGGGUGGCCAGAAUCACCCGGGGAACUUUUCCAUAAUACACGUUUUUUCCUUCUUCCUUUUGGAAGUAUCAGACUCUACUGGUGUAUUUGGAAAAAAAUAGUUACCCAGAUGAUGCUGAUCCUCCCAUAGCGAGCAGCUGUAUAAGAGGAACUCGGGAGCCAGCCCAGCUGCAUUCACAGCAUCUGUUUUCCAGGAGCACAAAGCUUCAUUCAUUCUUAGCUGGUUAUAACCAGCACAUGGUGACCUGCCAGCAGGCUUACCCCAGGUUUAACCUAAUACCCUUUCCUUUUUUGUUCACAGAUAAAGGAAGUUUGGGCUACUUUGAACUUACUGGUACAAUAAAAGCUUAAAGGUCUAUUUCAUCUCCCAUUAGUCCACGUUCACUUGGCAAGACUCUUUGAGGAUUUUUCAUGGAGAAAAGCCAUAACCCUUUAAUUGUUAUCAUGACUGACUUCUGUUUGCAUAACGUGUAACACUUUUUAAAAAGUAUUUACCCCAUAAAUUUGCAUGUGACCCACAGAGCAACCCUCUGGGAGUGUAUUAUUAUCGUCAGGUGAUCCAGAGGCCUGGCCAGAGGAAGGGCCUUGCCCACUGGUAAACAGGUCCAACUGAGAUGAGUGAAGCCUCAAGUUUCUAGUUGGAGGGUGUAACGAGAUUAACUCAACACUAGAGGUUACUUCAGGGUGUUGGGGAAAGUACUAGAUCUCAAGUCAGAAGACCUGGGUUUGAAUCCUGGCUCUAUCAUUUCCUAAUUUUGUGACCCUUUACUAGUCACUUAACUAUUCAGUUUCCUUAAUGUAAAAAAGAGAAUAGCAUCUCCAAAGGGUUCUUUCCUUGGCUAAAUAAUUUGUGUGGUAGCAAUCAGCAUGCCAUCUGCCCCUAGUAGGCCCUGAACAGCAGACUUAUGAAGUUUAUAGGUGUUAGGUGUGUGAAGAUGAGUUAGACACAGUUCCUACCCUCAAAAAAAAAAAAA